AUGAACUCUAUUUUGGCUCUUUCUGGCGUGCAUAUGAUGCAACGACUUCCUUCACUCGGUCAGGAAAUACAAACCCUGACAUGGUCAAGUUAUACUCGAGCACUGAAGCAACUCAGAGUGGCUCUCUCUACAUUAUCCAGCGACACGAAUGGCGAUGAUGCAGCUUGGCGCAUUUUGCUAGUUGUCUUGAUAUUUUAUCUUUUAGAGGUAGGCUUUGCACUAUCGUUCUCACUUCGAAGCUUACCCAUUCGUAUUAAGGCUACCAGAGGGAUUGAUUCAGAGGCAAUGCAAAGACAUCUCGAUGGUGCACAUCAUUUGAUGACCCAUCUAGUGCAUUCUACCUCAAGUAGACCUCGUUCCAAUAUUGUUUCACUAACUACAGAUUUAUUUGUGUACAACGCUUCUCUUGCUACCUUCACGACUGGCAGAACAAUAUCGCCCUCCAUAUCUAGCUUAUUGGAUGCUCCAGGAUCUGUUAUCCGCGGUACCGGAGCUAUGUGUGGAUGUGCAUACGAACUCUUUCUUCAUAUACCGACGGUCUCGGCCUUGUUGUGGGACUUUGCAUCACACGAGACCGCAAGCCUACCGCAGGGAUACUUUGCCAUAACUUAUCGUGAUUUGAGAUCCCAAGUCGAACAAUGGCAACCACGUAGUGCGCAACAAGAUCUAGUUCUUUGCGCGGAGCUCUACCAGCAUAGUCUUCUUUUGCUCUUAGACUACCAUUUUGCGGGUGAUAAGACAGAAGAACUCGUGGAGCGUGCUUUUCGAGAUCUUGAGUCAAUUCUUUCUCGCUUGCCUCCAAAUUCAUCCAUCUCCACCACAGCGACUUGGCCACUCUUUGUUUUUGGACUCAUGGCUCCUCGCGAUAAUUGCAAAAUCCUGAUUCGAUCCUAUUUGCAGUCCCUUGUGGGAAUAUUCGGAAUGGGUGUCAUGUCCACAGCGUUGAAUCAGUUAGAGGAAAUCUGGGAAGUAAAUCCUGGUCGGGAUGUUCUGAGCAGAUUCUUCAUAAGUCAAAAUAACUUGCUAUUGAUAUGUUAA